AUAGCAUUAGAGAAACAAGCAUGGAAGACGGGCAGAAGCGACGCAGCCGCUCCGCUAGAGGUGGAAAAAAAGGUGGAAAGGCAGUCAAAGAGCAGACAGCCAUCGAGACAGCUAAAAGAAGGGAGGCCUUGAAGGAGACUCUGAGGCAGAAGCUUGAGCUGGAGCAGAGGGCCCUGCGCAUUGUGGAGCGUCUCCUGGAGGAUAAAGUGGCUGAUGACUUCCUCAUCGACUGUGCACGGUUCAUUACCCCUGCCAACUACAAAGACACAGUAGAGGAAAGAUCCAUCGUAAAACUGUGUGGCUAUCCUGUUUGUCGAAACAAACUGGCCAAUGUACCAAAGCAACAGUAUAAAAUUUCAACCAAGACCAAUAAAGUAUAUGAUAUCACUGAACGAAAGUGCUUCUGCAGUAAUUUCUGCUACAAAGCGUCAAAAUAUUUCGAGGUCCAGAUUUCCAAAACACCCUUAUGGCUAAGAGAGGAGGAGAGGCCGCCUGAUAUUAAGCUGAUGAAGGAGGGGGAGAGCGGCAGUUCAGGAGAGGAGGUGAAGAUCUCAGACCGGCCAGUCAGCAAGUCGGAGAUCGAGAACCCCGGAUGCGAGGAGCCGGUGCGGUCCAGGGGCUCAUCUGACAGCGGGAGCGAGAGCAGCGACCUGGAGCAGGACUUUGUGUCCAGCGUGGUGUCAGGAGGGCGGGCGGGGCCCAGGCGCAGGGUGGGGUUCGUGGAACUCAGGGGAGAGAGGGAGAGGGGCGGAGACACGCCUCAACAGAUAAAAGCAGAGAGGGACAGGCAUGAAGGCAGAGACAGACCGCAACAGCGAAACGCACAGGCAGGCGAAGACGGAGUCAGACUACAAGAGUCCAAAGCACUGAGAGAUGAAGAUAGUGACAGACUAAAACAGCGAAAACCAGAGAGAGGUGAAGACGGAGACAAACUACGAGAGCGCGAAGCGCAGGGAAAUGAAGACAAAGGCAGACCACAAGAGCACAACACACCGGGAGACAAAGACGGCAACAGACCAACUGCAGCCGCUAGAGACAAGACACCCGAUCAACGCGCUGUUGAAGCAGCUACAGACCUUCUGAGCAGGUGCAGUAUAGAGGGCAGAGACACCCCUGUGGUUCUUCCGCUUGCAGGUAAGAGCACAGGGCAGCCGAGUGCUAACAGCACAUCCACCCCCAGCGCACCGGACGGGGGUCUGGACGUCACCCAGGUCGGAAUGAGCAAGAGGGGGGCAGCGGGUCUGAGGAGUCUGCUGGGAAAACUGGGCCCAAAGGCGCCGGGCUCCACGGUCCAAACCACCCUGCUGGAGGUUCUGAGCCACACCCUGAGGGAGUGGAGGACGGAGGACACUUUCCGCUUCCUGUACGGGCCCGGCUACAGACACCGUGAGGAAGAGGAGGAGGAGGUGGAGGAGGAGCUGGACGAGGACGACCUGGAGGAGAGCAUGGAGAGGCCUGCGAUCCCGGUCCAGGCAGGAGGAGAGAAGGAGAGGCCCUCGGCCCCUGUUCCAGACUACGAAACCCUGCACAAGGAGACAGAGAUGCUGAAACUGAGGGUGCAGGAGUUCUACAGGGGGCGAUACGUGCUGCCCGAGGAGGCAGAGACAGGCCAGGAGGAGGGCGGAGACACAGGGAGCUGUGGUGGCAAGGAUGCUGCUCUCCCAUUGGUGGAUUCACACGCCCAGCACUUGAUCCAGAAGCGCAUUGUUGUGGAUAAGCUCAACAGAAGCCUUAGAGAUAUCAUAGGACCCUUGAAGCUGACCAUGAGUGACAUCUCCACCGACCUCAAUAAUCUGGUCAGGACAUUCAGGUUCACAAAUUCUAACAUCAUUCACAAAGGUCCAGAGUGGACUCUCAUUGCCGUGGUUCUUCUGUCAGUGUUGUCGGAGGUGUCCCCGGUGCUGCAGGAGUCGUUGGAGAGACCCUGCUCGGCAGAGUACAUCUCCACACUCAUGAGAGAGCUGAGCCUGAAAGACCAGGACCUCCAGAGCCUCGUACAGCUCUUCAGACGCCAGGCCAGCUGAGGCUCCGCCCUCCUGAAGACACCCCGCCCCCCAAAUGCUGCUCUUACAGACCUGCCCCCCCAGCCUGACCUGGGGCAGGAUCCCUGGGGGGGGUGGGGGGUCGUUGCAAUCAGACCCGUUCACCU